AUGCCCAGGGCCCCUCUCUUUCUGCUGCCUGCUGCGAGCUGCAGUUUAGCCACCGAGGGGCGGCACGAGAACGAGCGCAGGCGAAUCAAUGGCCGGGCAGACAAGUGUCUCUUCCUGGCCGAGACCAUUCGUCUGCAUGUCAAUCGCGCCGAAGGAGUUUAUUUGACAGAACUCUGUCGUGGCAGCUGCAGCCACCAAGCCGUAACGACUCAGGAUUCCCCGUUAUCCAGCAGGGCUCUCCGCCAAGAGAUGCCGGCCACGUUGUUCGCAGGGGGGAGGCCUGAUGGGGUCUCGGGAUUGGACCGCACUCCGACAACAAAGAAAGGGGCUCACGGCGAGCGCAUGCGAAGACCGUUGCCGCAGCGUGAGGCAGCUUUGGCAUCGACACUGGCCAGUGCCAAAAAGCUAGCUGCAGGACAGGCCUCUCCGGCCUUGGCUCCUCCAUUGAGUGAGCAGCGAACGAUGGCUAGCUCCAAUAGCGCUGGCGGUGGCUGUAGCCGGAGCGGAGAGAACCAGGCCACGGCCACCUGCAAAGAGAAGGAUGGAGGCAAAGAGACAAAGAUCUGCAUCUGCGUCGGCAAAGUCCUUGUCAGCGUCACCACCGCUAAAAGCUCCAAGCUUCAGGUGAGAGGCACGCAAGGCACUACUGCAGCGGCAGGUGCGAAACGAGUUGCGCACUCCAAGCGGCACUUCCCAGACCCGUGGCUGCCUGUGGAGAUGACAAAUUGGAACCAGAGGCAGAGGCAAGCAAAAAUGAUCCUUGCCGUGGACAUUAGAAAGCCUCAAACUCCAAACUCCGCAGCGGCUCAAUUCCACCGCGUCCUCGCUCUCAUCACUAGUAGUAGCCCCAAGCAGAAAAUCGACUCACUCACCGAGAGCGUCCUGGUCGACCUCCUGCGACUGCAGCAGUCCCAGGAUUUUGUGACAAGUGACGAAAUAGGCUGCGCUACUGUCCCAAGCGCGUGCGUGGCUCAUUCCAUGGGCUGCCAGGCGGGCGUCUAG